AUGUUGCAAGAAGUUCACCACAGCUCCCUUCUUCCAGCCUUCCCUUCCAAGAAGGUGGACCACACUCCAAGUGCACCUCAUAUAACACCACCAAGAAAGCUGAAAAUUGCUUGCCUGACAAUUGGCACAAGGGGAGAUGUUGAGCCCUACAUUCCAUUGUGCAACGGGCUGAAAAAAGAAGGUCACUUGUGUAAAAUUGCCACUCAUGCUGAAUUCAAAGAUUGGAUUGAAUCAUAUGGUAGCAAAUUUGCAAGCAUAGGUGGGAGCUCAGUGGAGCUCAUCAAGCAUGCCACUGAAUAUGGUCAGUUUGAAUUUCUUUUUGAGGAUCUUGAAGGGAAUUUCAUCGUGCAGGUGAUCCAAGCCAACACACUUCCAAUAUUCUCUGUGGAGCAGAAACACUCUGGGAUGAAUUUCUGUGGAAUAAGCAUCCAUGCUUGCACUUAUUGA